AAAAUGGCGGCCGGCGCAAGGGGGCGGGGCCCUGCCCUCCCGCACCGCCCCCUUCCGCCCCGCUCCGCGCCUGCGCGCGGCUCACCGGGGAUGUAGUUCCCGGCGGCAGCCUGGGCGCGGCCCCGCCGGAAGCGGCCGCGGGGCACGCCGGGAGCUGCGCGGUGUCUGCCGUGCCCGCCGGGCCUGCCGAGCUGCCUGCCCCGCGGACGGCCGGAUGGCGUGCGGCGGGCCUGCCCAGGGGCCCAGGCAGUGCCCCUGCGGCCGCAGGAUCUCGGUAACCGAUGAGCACGACCGUUGCGUUCUCUGCCUUGGAGCUGGCCACGACCCGCUGGGCUGCGGGGUCUGCGCCGGCAUGGCCCCCUGCGCGGCUCGCCUUCGCGGGGAGCACCUCCGCGCCCUGCUGCAGGGCCGGCCCGGCGGUGGUACUGACCUGAACCCUGAACGGGUGAGCUGCGGAGCAGCAAAGGGGAAACCCACCAAGCGCCGGCAUGAUGUCGCCUUCCCUGCCCAUAGUCAGGGCUCUGUGACAGCACUGCAGUCGGUUACUCCGCUGUGCCUGCCGGCAGAGCCUGGGAGAGGGGCUCCGCUGGAGGACCCGAUAUUGCCGUCUCCAAAACCUGAGUUGCCUCCCCAAAGCAAAACUUUGGCAGUGCCUGACAACACAUGCUCCCCACAGAAGAAGCACUGUCACGUAAGAACCAAACAGAAUCCAAAAGCUGCAAGCCCGCAAAUGCCGAAGCCACCACCUUCAAGCGGCUCUGUGUCCCAGUCUCCACCUCAUGCCCUGCACCCGCUGUCAAGACCAGAAGAACAAUGUGGGGAAUCUCAGUGGCUGGGCAUGCUCUCAGACCUGGCCAGAUCUAUCCUCCUGAUUGCUGAGGCUGCCUCAAGACCCAGAAAGCAACCUUCGGAGCUUGAUACAGACCCUAUGGUGACCUGCAGUGCAGCAAGGAUGCUUUCAGAACCAAGGAUGUGCUCUGGAUCUCAAGAGCUGCCUUUCUCACUUGAUGAAGGAGUUACCUCAAGUCGGAUACCCCUUCUGCCAACGGUCUCCGACCAGCUGCUGUCAUCCCCCUGUGAAACAGUCUCCCCUCACCCCACCUCACCAACGGUGGCUUGCGACUCGUCCAGCUGGAAUCCAGAUGUUGCUUUUGCACAUGAAGAUUGUUGCUCUGGUUCCUCUGGAGAUGAUGAUUUGGCUGACCUUACCUACCAUUUUAAAACAGAAGACCAAAAGGGCACUACUUCCACAUCAGAAAAUCCAUCUUUCCCCCAGUUUUUGAAGAGAUUGGCUAAUCUGGUUGGGUUUAAUUUAAUUCCAUUCCAGGAGUCGACUCUCAUAGAUCAGUACCUUGAUCAAAAACCUUCCUGCAACAGAGUUGCUAUGCCCUUGCAUCCUGUCUUGGACAAGCUGGUAAAGAAAGUGUGGCAGACACCCCACGGUGUUCUUCCCGUGUCAAAGGAAAUUGAGAGCAAAUACAUCCUCCCUGAGGACGCAGUGGGUUACAUCUCUCAGCCUGCCCACAAGAGCACGGUCGUGGAAGCAGCACCAGUGAGGGAGAAAGCAAGAUUGGAGCAUGGAUCUGCACCCCAAAACCCAGAGCUGCAGCACCUGGAUUCAUUCGGCCAGAGGGUUUACCAGUCAGCGGCUGCAGCUCUUCGUGUGGUGGACUAUGAAGUCUACAUGGCCAGAGGGCAAGUUGAGCUCUGGAAGAAAGUUUCUGUGCUAGCGAAGGAACUUCCUCAGGACCUGCGUCAGGCCUUCCAGACCAUCGCUCUGGAGGGCACAGACCUGGCCAGGCAUCAGCUGCGAGCAGCCUUCGAUGCAGGAGAUACAGCGGCAAGAGCGGCUGCCUUGGCAGUGGAUGCACAACGGUCUGCUUGGCUGCAAGCCUCCAGCUUCCACGAGGAGGUCCAGACAAAGCUUGAGAACUUACCCUAUACAGGGGAGAAUCUGUUUGGGGAAAAGGUGGAAGCUAUCCUACAAAGAGGUGAAAAGAGGCAGGCCACGCUGCGCUUCCUGCGGUCGGUGUACUGCCCCUUGGCGCCCCGCAGUGGGGCUGGGAAGGGGAAAGCCCCUCUGCAUAAGCCAGCUUUCACAUCCACUGUCUGUUUCAAGGGCAUGCAGCGCUCUUCUGGGAAGGGUACCCCGCCACAGUAGCAGAACGAAGUGGUCUUUAUUCCGUCUACAGGCAGUAAAACCAAAAGGGAAUUCAAAAAGCCCGAGGUAUUUAGCUGAUAAAUCAUGUUUGGUAGACUGAUCCCCACCAGUGUGAGGACCUGCUCUGCCUUUUACUUCCUUCCACUCUUGAGUUUCAAGUCCUAAACUUUGUUAUUAUGUAUGACUAGAAGCACGUGUCCACAUCUCCAUUCCUCAGUUCCCAAGAGUGCUCCGGUAAACCAUCUGAUUGUGGAGGACUGCAGCACAGUCUGAUUCUUCUUGUCAAACCCUCCAGGCUGCGGGGAGGAGUACCAAGAACCAGCCAAGUUCGGAAUACAGUGGGAUUCCUCUGUCCCUUUUAGCCCAAGGCAAGAGACCGGGGAUCCAGGCUCCUGCAGAAGCUGUGACAGUGUGUUUUGUAAAGGCCAUGCACAAACCUCCAGAGUUGGUUACCUGGGUGGCUUGAGGUUUGUUUUCAGCACAGACAGCUUGGCUGGCUCUUGGGUUUUGUCUGUCUAAUGUUAAUUUGUUGUUUUUCUUCCAGCUGAAAUGUUUCAAGAAAGAAUUUUAAGUAAUGCCUGCUACUGCUAUUUGUAUUGUAAGUGGCUGAAAAUGCUCUUUCUCUCCCUGAGGACUUGUCUAGAUGAAAACCUGAUAGACAGCACUUUCCAAACUUAACCCUUUUGCUGCAGGUAGCCCAUGCUGUCAGCUGUGAAAGGACUUUGUAUUUGUUCUUAAAUAAAAUCACUUUCAUUGCAAACUAAA